AUGCAGUUCUACGCUUUCCGUGCCGGCCGUCAUCCGACAGCUGCACCUGGCGAGGCUCAAUUUCAGUGUAUCGUCAAGUUGCCGAAAAAGAACAGGCCUGAGCUGCUCCAAGGAAGUGGGUCCUCCCAGCUGCUCAUUCGAGAUUUUGUCGAGAACGGGCAGCAAAGCACGGACCUCACUGUCAUCCCCCGUUUUUGGGAUGUAUCGCCACAGAACCUGCACGAGGCCCUCAUCGUCACUCAGAAGGUGGCUGGGUUUGCUGGUGUGAUCAUCACAAGGCGAGGACUCGCCGUCAGAUCGUGGACAAACAAUGUGGCCUAUAUGCGAAAGGCAGUCAUCCCAUCCGACAGCAGAAUCACAACUGAAAACAUCUCCGUUGUGCCUCGCUUUUCCUACAAGUCUACGGGAUGGCCGCCCGCUGUUGACCCGCCGAACAUUGUGCAAGCAGUCACGAAAGCCGUCGGACAACCACCUAUUCCGACAAAAGCGUUCAGGUCAAGUGGAGUGCACGGUUGGCUCAUCGCAUUCGAGCAUCGCCCCACCGUGCUUAAGUUCGCUCUGGAGAUCAACGGGAUCACCCAUGAAAUCCUGCUCGUCGAAGAGCCUGCUGGCCCGAUUCCAAAGCCCUUAGGGAGGAGCAGUCAAUCCGCUACCAAAGCCAAGAAGACAGAGGUCUCUGCCCCCAAAGCUGCUGUGAAGCCGGCGGAGGCCCAACUGGUGCAGCUCAAUAAGGUGAUUGGCAGUGAAGAGUAUGUUCGAAAUUGGUACAAGACUCGCACUGACGACAUUGAUCUGGCUCAGCUGGCCGAAUGCUUCGUGGCCCUGCGCCUCCGCUUGCCCUUGCGGGAUUUGUCCACAACGGCCGGGCUCAUCGUGCUUUGCCCAGCCUGGUGCGGCUGCUACGAUGCUGGGGCAUGGGCUCCUUGGUGGGGGGCCCUGGGCUUGAACGACAGCACUGGGCUGGGCAUGGAAGCCUUGAACAAUGCGUCGGAGGUGGCACUCUACGUCUACGAGGCACGCGAGCGAGGUCGCGCGGCCAACUGCCGCGGCCUCCACGGAGCAUCGCCGCUGGACCGCGGCACCCUGCGUGGAUGCCGCGCGCUGUGCACGCGACUCCACGUGGACGGCGCGAGUCCGGCUUCGCGCGGUUGGCGCUCGGCCUCGUUUGCCUUUGCCGUGGCGCUGUCCGUCCGGAGGAGGUGGGGUGCCACACGGCAGCUGCACGCGACGAGGCGGCAAGCAGAGCCUUUGGCCCCAGAGUCUUUGCUGGAGCCUGCGGCUCCCUGGGUGUUGGUCGAGGCUCCUCCUGGAAGUGAGCAGAGAUAUUACUACUGGAACCAGGAGACGAAUGAAACCCGCUGGGACCUGCCAGAAGAGGCGGUAGCAGCGGCAGCGGGAGUUGUGGAGGAUCUGCAGAGCGGUGCGCCUGAAGCAGGUGCAUGGCGCGAAGCGGUGUCGGACAGCGGAGACGUGUACUAUUACAAUGAGGUGACCAUGGAAACCUCCUGGACCUUACCCGGGCAAGAGGAGGAAUUGGACAAGCUGGAUGCGGACGACGUGGACGACGCGGAAGAUCCGGACGACACGGACGAUGCGGACGGCGCAGAGGAUGUGGACGACCAGGCAGUUUCUGCUCACAAACUUGACGAGAUUGAAGAGGCCGAGGUCUCCGAGCCUUUUGACAAGGCCCCCAAGGAGGAGGUGGCCCCGAUGCUGGCCCCAACCGCCGGACUCGCGACCGCGGAGCCGGCAAGUGUUGCCAGUUCCUAUGCGGAGCUGAAGGUGAGUGAGCUCAAGGAUCUCUUGAAACAGAGGGGCCUCACAGUCAGCGGCCGCAAGGACGAGUUACUUGCGCGGCUGGAGGAGAGCGAGGCAACGGCUGAACCGCCAAAGGCCGCACCAAUUGCAAAGGCCGCGCCAAAGAAGGAACCCUCGGAUGACGUGGAAGAGGGGCGGUCCGCCAGCGCGGCUGGAGCCUCCUAUGCUGGCCUGAAGGCAAGCGAGCUGCGAGAUCUUUUGAGGUCCAAAGGCCUCAAAACCGUUGGCAAGAAGGAGGAGCUGAUCGCGCGCCUGGAGGAGAACCAGGUUUCCCUUGAUGACUUCUUCGAGCUGGAAGAUGCACCAAGGGAGGCAACCCUGACAUCCGAGAGUGGUGCGGCUGCUGCUUUUUUGGAGAAGGAGUUGAAUUUGGCGUCGGGCACCGUCAAGCUGCCGAAGGAGGCUUCAGCAAGCUUGGCGAGAGAAAGCCUCGGCUUUCUACUGGAAGAAUUGAUGCCAUGCAAAGAAUUCUGGGCGCAGAGCGCCGCGCGGUCGCCGGAGAUCUUUCAGGCUUCGAAGGAGGACUUGCGAGAGACCUUGGAGUGGCUGGAAGAGUUUCUGUGGAGCCAGGACUGGUCCGUGGGCUUCGGACGCCACGCCCUGGCCGAGCGGAUCGCUCAUCGGCCCUACUUGCUGCUGCAGGGGGUAGAUGGUUUGCGAGAGACUUUGGCCUGGUUGGAGGAGCGAGGCCUUGAUGACGAAGUGGUGAGGUCCUAUGUGGCGGGCCCCACGGCGGUGCCCUUUCCCUGUGAGCCAUAUCCUUGGAUCGAGCUCCUGCAGUUGGGCAGACCACGCUUAGAAGCUGCUGAAGCCUGGUUGCAGAGCCACCUCUCCUGGACACCCGAGAAGGUCUCCAAGGCUUUGUGUCAGGAGCCGUACACCUUGCUCGCUGCUGCAACAGCCUCCGGUGAAUCGGACCAGCCCUACCCAGGCUACCCUUUGCCAGAGCCCCGGCAUCGUUGGCUGAAGGUGCAGGCUCAGGACGUCACUGGGGCGUAG